AUGUUCAGACCAAGAGAGCAGCGUACCAGUCGCCUCGACAAGGUCCCAACUUGCCUCGACAACCCUCCCGAGGCUCAAGCUCUACCUGACCGUCCGCGCAAUUGCACCCCUAACAGCGGGGCACCGGCUCCGCGGCUCUUCUCAUCCCUAUCGCCGUUCAGCCCUUACAAUCACUCAAAGUGCAGCUUGCGAUCGGCUCCCAGUCGCCAUCGCCAUUGCGUCCCCGAGGCCGGGAAGGAAGCGCGGGUAGACUGCCCCUUUCUAGAACCUACCGAAGAAGAGGAAUUGAAAGAGGAAAACGUUGUCGACGAAAAGUACAAACUGAAACCUCCGAAAGACCUGAGAAGUAAAUUCCUGCAGAUGAUGGAACAGAGGGAAAUUGACAAAGUGAAAGCGGAAGAAGAAAAACUGGCUGAAGAGCAACGAUUGCGAACAUUGGAAGAGGAAAAGAGACCACCUGACGAGUUGGAAGGCUUGCGAGUUCACGCUUGGAUUCUUCUUCGUGCCGGAGAAAGAAAAGUAGAAACUAGCCUUUUUAUCGAACCCAGUACCGGGUUUUUCUAUCCACUAGACACGGAUUCAUACUGUGGAAUCGAAAGUGUCUGGAACCAUCUCAAUUAUUGGGUGAAUAUGCAAGACUCUUCUAAAGGCAUUGGGAAUUUCGAUUACGAUCUGAGCAAUACGCAAAAUUGGGAGCAUUUCCUAAUAGGAGAACCAAUCAACUGGAGGUUGCAGAAGCCGAAAGACCUAGAAGAGGAAGAGGUUAGAGACAUGUAUGAUGAGAAGCAUUUGGAUAUGCCACUAUCGUGGAGUAUGAGGAUCAGUAUUCCUCAUGACGUACUGAAAAAACGUUUUCCUGAGGGCACAAGAACCACGUUCUACAAACGCACGUGCGUCGAAGAAUUCGCUCCCUACGUAGCUUACGACGGCAUGGAGAAGAGGAUAACGCGUUUCGACGAUUUUCAGUGCACGAAAUUCAGAGUCGUCGAAGAGUACUUCAACAACAGGCGAGACAAACUGUACAAGUCCAUAAACGAUGUAGAGACCAAUUUGGUGACGGACUUCUUCGCGGAUGGCAGGGAGGACAGCGUUAUAAAACAUGUUUAUCACAAAAACAAUGAUUUGGAGAAUGCAGAGAGGACGAUUUUCUUCAACAGUGAGGCUCGAUAUGAUGCUCUUUCCAAAAUAGAAGUGGAACCUGACAAAAUUACUGAAAACUACGAAAAACGGGAUGACAGGCUCUAUUACAGACAAGUCACUUAUACAGCUGGUCCAGAAGGUUCAAGUGAAACUACCACUAUUCAAGGUGUUAGAAGGCCCAUAUUGGUUGGUAUCAAAAUAAAUGAUUUACAUGUUUUUUUCUGUGGAUGUCCGCCCAUUUCCGAGAUGGGCGAGGACAUGAUCUUCAGGCCGGAGCUGACGUACGGAUAUCAGGCUGAAAUCGGGGCCAAACCGAUCAGGAGUCUCACGUUGUUCUUGCUGUUCGAGGAACAGCUGAAGGAGGAAGAUAAGGUCUUGAACAGCAUCAGGGAUAUUGAGAUACAGAUUUCAGAAUUCUUGUUGACUAGAGCCCACGAGCUAGCGUUCACCAAGUUAGACAUCUCCUUGUUCAACAAGGAGCAAAACUUAGACUUCAGAUCAGGCAUGCUCGAAAAAGAACAACAACAAAGAGUAUGCAAAGAAAAGGAAGUCGAAGAGGAAACGGAUUAUCUUGCUCCCUACCUUGCCAGAUCAGGGAAUCCAAAUCAUCUGACCUACCAACAAGCCCUUGAUGCCAAGAAGAGUUGCUACGAUGACUUCAAACAACUGUUGGUAGACAGAGCAAAUAACAUUCAAAGAACAUUCGAAAAGACUAGUGAUCUGUUAAGAGAAAAGAAGAAUUAUUAUACAGCAAAUCAUGAUACCUUAACACCAGAAGAGGAAGCACUCUAUUUUGAAGAAGUAAAUGAUUUGAUACUCUACCUGAAAACUCUGGAAAUACGCCUACAAAGACACAAAGAUCUAAGUCCACUAAGGUUUGAUGCACUCAAUGAAUAUAUGAAUAGUCACCCUAUGUUGGCAGUAUUGCGUCGAGAUUUGAAAUGAUUCACAGGAAAUUAUACCAUUUACUCAAAUAUAUUUUAUACAUAAUCUAGUUCAUUUGCGAUUUUAUAAUUCUUGGGGAUUCAUGAAAACGAUGAAGUACUAUUGAAACAGUUAUAUUCAAUGGAUUAAUGUAAAAUUAACAAAAUAAAAUAUAAAAAAAUCAACAUAAAUAUUAAUAUCACAUAUUAAUCUUUGGUUACUUUUAAUUUAGAGAGACAGUGCAAUAGUUACUACUAUUAUUGUACAAAAAGAUAUAACUGAAGUGAAAAUAGCGGAGCGAAAACUAACAAUAAUUAUUGAUUUGAUCAGUGUAUAUAAAUAAUUGCAUUCAUCCAGAAGAAGAACAAAUAAGAUGGCCUUGAGACGGCCUCAAGAAUGCAUCCAUCCAGAGCAAUUUAGUCAAAAUAUUUCAAUGUCAAAUAUAGCACUGAUCUCUCAUCAAAAUAUACUGAUAGGUAGGUUUGUCACCUGAAUUAUAAAAAGACGUUGGAAUUAUAGAAAGGCAUUCAAAUUAUUUUAUAUUUGUUAGAUAUCAUUUUUCAAAUGACACGCCAUGUCUAAUUUCUGAAGUUGUAAGUAUUCAAUUUUCGAUUGAAUGGACUGACUUGUUUUUCAAUAAUGAGGGACACAAAAUAUUCAAAUAAUAGCUUCAUUGAUUCGGCAUGUGAUGUGGAGCGUGUACCUAACUCUUAUUAUUUUCAAUAUCACCUUCCUACCUAGAAUAUUAUUCUAUGAAAUGAAAGAAAUAUCCAGUAAUACAGAAGAAAUAAAUACCGUGUGCCAUAUCGCAUCCCCGCUUCCUAAUCGAUAAUUUCCAUUCAUAUUAUAUUAGUGGAAACUAUACAACUGAAAAAUAGCGAGAAAUUCACUUUAUAAGGAAAAUAGGAAUAAAUACUACUUUUUAAGCUAGUAUUGGGACCAAGACCGUGCAGUCGGUCUGAUAGCUUGAUGACUUACUAGAUCGUCGUUACAUUGUUUAAGUAAUUUUAAUGGGAUAAAAUAGUGACACUAGCGUUUGCUCGUAAAAACUGUUGGAACUACACUUGCGGCAGUUUUACUGAUAGGAAUUCAGGCAUUUUUCUACCCAAUGCCAUAAAAAUAUUGAUAUCCGAGUAUUCUGAGCAGUCACUCUUGAAAAAAGGGUGCGAUAUGUCAAAACGAUUAUGUAAGAAUCAUGUUUUUAUGUUGGCACAAUCACUCAAAAUGAUAAAUUUCUGAAUUUUGCCUCUGGAUAUUGAAUAACAAUAUUUGUCUCCCAAAAUGGUCUUUCAGUAGCCAAAAUCUCUUGCUUAUCGCCGAUCAAAACCUUCGGCAUAUCACAAAGAAAAAGAUUCGGUCACGUCCCGCAAGUGCCGUCCUCAAACACGGCUAGUCAUAAAUACAACGUUGGGUUUAUGUUAAGUAACGUGCAAUAUGAUUGUGAUGUUAUUUGUACAUUCAGACGCAAUGAACAUGUCGCACAUGGGCGGCGACAGCACUUCUAGUCACUUCUGCAAUGGAAGCGCUAACACCAUUCAACUGGAACAUGUUCUUUGCGUAAGUAGUGCAUUUAAUCUUCGGUUAUCAUGAUGACGAACCUAGUAAGUUGAAUCAAACAGCGAUAAUCUGCCAUAUUAUUAGGCAUCGAAUCGAUUAAGGAAUGAUUGACGUUAGUUGUAAAAUUGUACUUAAGGUGGAAUGUUUUGUAAUUAAUCGGAUACAUAGUGCAGCUUGACUCUUGAAAAUACACCAAGUUGAAAAUGAACUUUUUUAUCACUGAAAACUCAACUAUAAUUUUAACGUCAGUAUUGCUUAUCAAUGUCAAAGCAUUCGUUUUUAGAUCACAUUAUCCAUUGUACUUUAAAUCAAUUCUAUUAUAAUGAAACGAUUCAAUGAUCAACAUAAAAAUGUGAUGAAUAUGGUUCCUUACUUUUCGAAUCAACUAUAGAUAGUUUCGAAAAAACAGGGGAAACUUGUGAGAAAUCUCUCGAU